GGGCGCGGCGCGGCGCGGGUGCCAUGGCGGCGGCAGCGCGGCCGCUGGCGCUGCUCACCAGCUGUGCCGCGGGCUUCGAGCCCGAGGAGCUCGUCAAACGUAUCACAGGAAAAGAUGACCUUACUGUGGGUGCAAUUACAAGUGGAAGAGUGAAUUUUUACCCCUGGACGAUAGAUAACAAAUAUUAUUCUGCAGAUAUCCACCUCUGUGUGGUCCCAAACACAUUCCAUGUGACUGCAGAGAUUGCUGAGUCCGUGCAAGCAUUUGUUGUGUACUUCGACAGCACAAUAAAAACUGGACUGCAGGGUGUUUCCGAAUGGCUUCCCCUGACAGAAGAGUGGCUGCCAGAAGUGAUGAUCCUGGUUUGUAACAGAGUGUCUGAGAAUGGUGUAAACAGACAGAAGGCUCAAGAAUGGUGCAUCAAGCAUGGCUUUGAGCUGGUAGAGCUCAGCCCUGAGGAGCUACCUGAUGAAGACGAUGAUUUCCCCGAGUCCACCGGAGUGAAGCGCAUUGUGCAGGCCCUGAAUGCCAACGUCUGGUCCAACGUGGUCAUGAAGAGUGACAGGACCCAGGGCUUYGGGCUCCUCAGCACGUUGGCAGGAGCAAACAGAAGCCGUGGCUCUGAAGAGACCCCAGAGACAGAAUCCAACCCAUCCCCGGGAGACAGGGAAGGAUCCCAGUCUGAGGGUGGAGAAGAUGGAGCUGGCACAAACAACCUGGAGCUUGACAGUGCUACAGAUCCCAUGUUGGAUAUGGACAUCCAGGAGUUGGCCAGCCUGACCACGAGAGAUGGGGACCUGGAGAACUUUGAAAGGCUGUUUUCGAAGCUUAAAGAAAUGAAAGACAAAGCUGCCACGUUGCCUCACGAACAGAGAAAACUGCAUGCGGAAAAGGUGGCCAAAGCCUUCUGGAUGGCAAUUGGAGGAGAUAGGGAUGAGAUUGAAGGUCUCUCCUCGGAUGAAGAAAACUGAAUUCCUCUGGAGCUGGGAGUGCCAGAGCAAUCCUAAAGGAAUGGUCCUUCCCUGCAAUUAGUGUCUAUUGCCAAAACCCCAUUUAGCUGUAGCUGCUUUCCUUGGUGACAGCAUUCCCAUGUAAGUUCYACAUUCCACAGCACCUCCUGGCUCCAGAGGGUUAGUCCCACUGUUCCUUCUCUCUCAGAGAACUUUGGAAGGCAGCACAUGUGUGGGUCAAGGAAAUAGUAAUGAGUUCACAUUUUUCAAAUGAACAUCUUUAUUAUUUCCUCUCUGGGCUUUAAAUAAACAAAYGUGCUCCCAGUUAUCUCUGCACACAUGGCUGGGGUUGGGAAAUGACUUCUGAAUUCCAAACUCCACUUUCCAGCUGUAGGCCUGGUGGAUGGUUUUGUGGAGCUUUUCCCAGUCCAACCUGAGCAGAUUUUGAUGAGCCAUGAACAGGAGGGUGCUGAGCUGUGCCCUGUGGGGGAUGCUCUGCCAAGGCUGGGAGCUUCAUCCUGCCAAGUGCCAAAGCCAGUAAAAGUGGCCCCAGGGCUCGAAUUUUGUCUGUGUAAGGAUAGGGACCUUCCCUGGAAUGUCAGGUGUUGUCCACACUCCCUGGAUUCCAUUAGAAAAUAAAUAUGGGAUGAGCUGCCAGACAGAUUUUUGCUGCUGCUCCAGGGGUGGAAUUCCCUGUCCAAACCUGCAGAAUGCACAGAGCUGCUGUGGGGAGCUGUCCCCAGUUCCCAGCGCUGGAAUUCCAAACCCCUCAGUGCCCCUGGAUGUGUCCAUCAGGUACACAGGGCUGUCUCACAGUGUCAGGGCUCAGAAGGAAUUGCCUUGUCUGGGAUUGAGCACCAUCCCUGCCACACCAGCACAUGGCACGAACCUGCUGGACUCGUGGACAUGGAAGGAAGGAAAACAGGAGGGAAGGUGGUGGAAAGGGGAAGGGGGCAAUGCCACCCUGGCUCCUUCUCUGCUACAGGCACAGUCAGUGGAUCAGUGGGAAGAGGAUCCAACRGAUUCCCAUAUGGAAGAGUCUGGCUCCAAUAACUUUUCCAUGUCAGAAAAUCCACUCUGUUAAGCACCCUCAGUUAGGAAUUUUGAAACUGACUUUUCCAAUGUCCCCUAAAUUCCUGASAUACUGGUUUGCCAUUGGUUAUUGAUGGCUUUACACUCUGGAGGCACUUUCACAGUGGGUCUUGAACUCAUUUUCUCUCUUUAUGAUGAAGCAAAGAUKAAUGUAAAUAAUAAUUUCUUGGAAUGCUGGGAAUCAUUUCCUGGGUCGAAACUGCAGCAUUUGAGGACAAGAACUGAAGCCUCUUUGGCAGUUUGGAAAGUGAUUCUCAGCCAAAGCCUGAGCAGGAGCUCCCCUACAAUAAAACACCUACUUUGGGAAGAAAYACCCUGGAAUACACAGAGACAUCCAAGGAAACACCUGCCAGGGACACCUCUUCCCARCCACCUGCGGGCCUUGCCGUGACUCUGCCUUCUCCCAUUCUCUCCAUAUUCCCAGCACAGAAGGGGGCUCAUUCCAAGCAGGGAAUGAUUUUCCAUGUUGGCUUCUUGGUAGCUGAAGAUUUUUUUUUUUUUUUUUGCCCUUCCUAAAUCUUGGUUAUGCAAUGGUGAUAAAUGGUGAAGUGCCAAGGGAAUGGAAUUGAGGGCAGUGAAGGAAACAAUGGACUUGAACAUUUAUGAACCUUUUCUUUACACAUGUGAUAGAGAUGUGACUGUUUAAAUUUAAUGAGAUCAUAUCAAUUAAAACCCAGUGUUUUGCUGCCUUUUUACAUGGUAGCAGCAGCUAAUUUCCCUAUUCAGAACUCUUUCAAAYAUGUUUUUAUUGUAAAUAUGUGUCUUGUUCAUAGGUGCACAAAUCAUGGAGGCAGAAGUGUCUGGAGACACUGGGAAAUAAUGAUCCUUUGAGGGUGUUGUGGUUUAAAAUGAAGGUUUACUAUGCUGGUGGCUUAUUUUUUUGUGGGUUGUUUGGGUUUUUUUCUGAAGAGACCCUUUGGUUUUGGCUACAGGAUUUCUUUAUAAAUGUAGAAGUUACAGAAAUGAGUAAAAGGGGCAUUAGUGGAAAAGCAAACGUGAAAGUUCUGUCU